GAAGGUAUCGUUGUAUCGGCUAAUCAAACAGUUGUUGUUGGUGUAAAUGCCUGGUCAAAUGAUACGUGCAUUUGUCCAAUUUUUACACCACCAUCAUCAUGUCAACCUAAUUUAUGUCUUAAUUCCGGUGUUUGUCAUAAUACAUAUCCUGGAUUCUUUUGUGAAUGUCGUAAUAAUUUCCUGAAAGGUUUACGUUGUCAAGGUACCACACGUUCAUUUGAUGGAGAAGGAUUUGCUUGGUUUAAACCAGUUCCAGCAUGUACCUCAUUGAAUAUCUCAUUACAAUUUUUGACUAGACAAGCUAACGGUUUACUGUUGUAUAAUGGACCAAUGGGUCGUGAUAAUAAUACAGAUUAUAAAGAUUAUGUGAUCAUACGAUUAGUUGGUGGUCGUAUACAGGCUGAUUUCAUGUUUAAUGGUAUUGUCGCUAAUCCGAUACAAAUUCCCGGUUCUGAUACUCUCAAUGAUGGAAAAUGGCAUACAGUAACAUUAUCACAGGAUGGCAAAAUUAUUGAAUUAGUAAUUGAUAAUUGCUAUACGAUUGUGCCAAUUGGAACAGGUGAUAAGAUUAUUAGAAUUGAUGAUUCAUCCUGUCGUCGUGUUAAAAUAACAGCUGAUGAUGAUGAACGGUUAAAUGUUGUCACACCAUUACAAAUUGGUGGAGUUGCACCGCUAUCCGGAAAUGAUCGCUAUCCAGGAAUUGUAACAGCUUUUGCAAUGAAUUUUAAAGGUUGCAUACGUGAUUUGGUGGUAAACAAUGAGCUCUAUGAUUUGGGUGUUCCGGAUUAUGCUAGCGAAGAGCAUUCACAGAUUGGUUGUCAACUUACGGAUGGCGCUUGUGGUUUGAAUGAUAUCAGUGGACCGUACUGUAUUCAUGGGGAAUGUAUUUCUGACUUGGUGUCAAAUGUGCCGAAAUGUUUGUGUGACCCAGGAUAUGGUGGUGAUCGAUGCGACAGUCUAUUUAAAUGGGUUGAAUUUGGUCCUGGGUCAUUUGUUGAGUAUGAUGUAAAGGUGGGCCUGGAAGAUAAGACAACAAAUGUUGAUUUGCUAUUCCUACCUGGUAAAGCUAAUGCUGGAACCGGAGAACUUGGUUUUGCUAGUGCUGGUGAAAAAUAUAUCAGUACUUCGAUUGAAAAUUAUUCACCAACAGCAAAAUUUGACUUCAGCUCCAGUCCUGGUGCUACCGUUUCCGGUACAUCAGUAGAAUUACAGCUGACCGAUUUGCAUCUUCAGGAUAACAUUUCUUAUUGGAUGCAAUUGUCCAGAAAUCCUUUUCGUGCUUCCUUAUCAAUCGAUGGUGUCUAUCAUAAUGUAUUACCUUUAAAUCCACUCAAAAUUCCAUAUCAAAUCGAUAUAAAUGAACUAUUUCUUGGAGCAUUAAAUGUUCAAAGCGCUAAAGGCUUUCGAGGUUGUGUUGGUACAUUCCGUUGGCAGCAUAUUAAUCUACCAUUGAUGAAAAGUGAUGAGUUAUCAAGCGAUGAUCAUAGCCAAAGUGAUAGCGAUUCGAUUAUAUCAGUGAAACAAUCGAAAGGUGUCGAGAAUGGUUGUUCACAACGGAAAACAUGCGCUAAUGUUGGAUUUGCAUAUUGCGGUGGCUCUUUUGUUUGUGUUGAUUUUUGGAAAGGACCAUUCUGUACAUGUCCAGAAGGAGCACAGGUACUUCUUGGAGUUAAUGGUGAGCUGAUUGGUUGUGGUGAAACAUUAGCUGUUAGCAGUCUUGUGAUGGUUCUAUUAAUGAUUGUAUACACUCGACGUCAUACACCACCAUUUGAGCCUGUUCGUCCAGAAGAAUUAAAUCGUGAUAAUUUGAGACCGUAUGAUAUAGAAGGAGGUGGUGAAGCUGAUAAUGAUCAGUAUAACAUUACCAAUCUUCGUAAGCCUGUAAUGCCAAUUGAGGAAAAUGGUAUUAAUGGUUAUGCACAACCUGUAUAUCCAAUGCAACGUUCACCGAUAGAUGAUAAGCUUAAUAACAGAAUCAAAAAUUUGGAAGCAGAUCCGGAUGCUACAGCACCAUAUGAUGAAUUACGAAUUUACGAUGAUGAAGGUGAUAAUAUAUCAAGGAUAACGCUUGAGUCACUUGAAUCAAAUGAUGAUGCAAUCCCUUCAGGCAAUCUUGAUCAAGAGAUUGAAAAAUGGGGUCCACGCUUUAAUAAUUUAGCCGAUAUAUACGGUAAACGAGAGAAAUGA